UUAUUAAAGUACUAAUUCCGUGAGGAAAUGUGAACACUAAUAAUUAAGAUUAUAAUAAGAUGAAUAAAAUGUUUUGGUUACAAUAAUUAAAGGUCGUAGAAGUGUAAAAAUAAAUACGGAUAUGUAGUACGGAAUGCAUUAACGAAGAACUCGUGUUCCUUAAGAAAACCUUGAUGAAAAACGGCUACCCAGACCGGUUCAUAGAGAAAAAUAUGAAUAGAAGUAGCGUCGACAGGAAACCUAGUUAUUCCGUCCCGAAGAAAAACCUUUAUAUAAGUCUGGAAUUUAAAGAUGAUCGGACAUCAGACGUAAUUAAAAAUCGUUUAACAACAACGAUUAAAAGGACAUUUAACGCUGCUAAACUACGAAUAACCUUCACUAGUAAGAACUUAUUCUCUGUAUCCAUAAAAGAUAAGCUCCCGCGUUCGGUCGCCUCUAUGUGCAUCUACCAGUUCACCUGCUCUUGUGGAGCAAGAUACAUCUGCCGUAGCCAGCGCUCGCUUUCAACUCGGAUACGAGAACAUAUCCCAGUUUGGUUCUACAAGGGUGAAAAGAAAGCAAUUCAGAGCUCUAUACAUGAACACCUAAUCGACUGUAAUCAUUCCACAGAUCCACAGUCUGAUUUUAAGGUUGUUUAUAUGAUUCAUUCAAAUCUACCCAGAUUUCUUCGUAUCAAGCUCUUAAAAAUAGCCGAAGCUCUUACCAUCCACGAGCUCAAACCAGAACUAUGCGUACAAAAGAAGUACGUCUUAUCAUUAUCGUUACCAUGGCCUUAAUAUUAUUAUUAUUGUUAUCAUUCAAACGCGCGUUCUGGAUUCCACUGCUAGCCACUAU